CAGCGCCACCGUCCGGUCCGCUCGUCCUCCCGCCGGCACAGCCGCGCGGCCGCAGAGAGUCCCCCCCCCGAAAAGGCGCUCCGAACAUCCGGGAUGGGGCUUCUUCGGGCGCUGGGCGCGCUCCGAAGCCGACGCGCCUGAGAGCCGACGAGUGCCGCCGGGAGCCGCCCGGAGACCCCCGUCGCCUGGCGUUGGGGACACGCUGGCGAUGCAGCCACCCGGUCCCAGAGACGCCACCGUCCCCGGGACCCCCGGGCACGGUGCCCGCCCAGGCCAGCAGCCCCCAGAGGAGACGGCGUCCCCUGCGCCCAGCCCGCACGGAGGGGACAGAGCCACGGGAGCCCUCUAGGCGAUCGCAGGGCCACGCAGCAGCUCCGCCCGCAGGUGCCACCCCAGAAACCAUGACCCCCGGCGGCGCGGGCCCAUGGAGCCAUGGCCUAUAGGGUCCUGGGCCGCGCUGGGCCACCUCAGCCGCGGAGAGCUCGCAGGCUGCUCUUCGCCUUCACGCUGUCCUUGUCCUGCACUUACCUGUGUUACAGCUUCCUGUGCUGCUGCGACGGCCUGGGCCAGAGUCGCCUGCUCGGCCCGCCGCGCUGCCUCCGAGGCCCCGGCGCGAGCGGCCAGAAACUUCUGGCGAAGUCCCGCCCGUGUGAUCCCCCGGGACCGACGCCCAGCGAGUCCAGCGCUCCCAGCGCGCCCGCCGCGGCCGCGCCAGCGCCACGCCUCUCGGGCUCCGGCUCCAACCACUCGGGCUCCCCGAAGCUGGGCACCAAACGGCUUCCCCAAGCCCUCAUUGUGGGCGUCAAGAAAGGGGGGACCCGGGCGGUGCUGGAGUUUAUCCGCGUGCACCCGGACGUGCGGGCCUUGGGCACCGAGCCCCACUUCUUCGACAGGAACUACGGCCGAGGGCUGGACUGGUACAGGAGCCUGAUGCCGAGGACCUUGGAGACCCAGAUCACACUGGAGAAGACGCCCAGCUAUUUCGUGACCCAAGAAGCCCCUCGACGGAUCUUCAACAUGUCGAGAGACACCAAGCUGAUUGUGGUGGUGCGGAACCCAGUGACCCGAGCCAUCUCUGACUACACGCAGACGCUUUCCAAGAAGCCGGACAUCCCCACCUUUGAGGGCCUGUCCUUCCGAAACCGCAGCCUGGGCCUGGUGGACGUGUCAUGGAACGCCAUCCGCAUCGGCAUGUAUGCGCUACACCUGGAGAGCUGGCUACGGUACUUCCCGCUGGCCCAGAUCCACUUCGUCAGCGGCGAGCGGCUCAUCACCGACCCAGCCGGCGAAAUGGGGCGCAUUCAGGACUUCCUGGGCAUCAAGAGAUUCAUCACAGACAAGCACUUCUACUUCAACAAGACCAAAGGAUUCCCUUGCUUGAAAAAACCUGAGUCGACUGUCCUGCCUCGAUGCCUGGGCAAAUCAAAAGGGAGAACUCAUGUACAGAUCGACCCUGAAGUCAUAGACCAGCUCCGGGAAUUUUAUAGACCUUAUAAUAUUAAAUUUUAUGAAACUGUUGGCCAGGACUUCCGGUGGGAGUGAGUCUCUGAGGUACAGGGGCUCUACUCUUGCGUCUUCCACGAGGUUUGCUCCCAGAGACCCUGAUCCUCACCUCCAGCCCCUCUUCCCAUCUUGAAUCCCAUGAUAGAUCAUCUUGGAACCAGGAAGUUAAAUAAAGACCAAGAGACUGGUGGUUCCCCGCUCUGUCCAGGAAAAUUCUACCUGCUUCUGGCAUACCCAUCCGGUUCUAGAAUCUGCUCCCAUCUGCCCAGAAGAGGUCUUGGGGAAUCGCUGUGGAAAGGUGGAUCUCCCAGUGUCGGGAAUGUUUCCAAGCGGAGAUGUUUCUGUUGCUGUGAGAACAGCAAUCUGUCAAAUCUCUGAGCACUACUCAGUGGUGGCCUUCUUAAUUCCAAGUGGCAUGUCUCUUCUCCCUGAGCUUAAUUUCCCUCAGCAGCCCCAGGUGGUGGGAUGUCAGAAGGCCCUCCACCCUCCUCAGGACACAGCAGCUCAUCAACAGUGCGCAGAGCCAAAAGCAGCUCCCUGGCCGCUCCAGGAGAUGGACUCUGUGAUGACGAAAUGAGCCUGCGACUUCAAAGCUGGUGGUCUCCACUGUGCUUGGAGGAUGCUGUCUUCAAAAGAGCCCUCUGUGACUCUUCCCUGCUCCCUGUGGACAAAAGCACAUAAUUCUGCUGUUACGGGUACUUUCUUCACACGAGCUUUCAUGUUCAGCAUGCACGGAACCAUGCUUGUCCAUGUGAAAUAAAUAUGGCUCUCUC